AUGUCCUUGGUGGUUCAGAAAGAAGGUGGCAGCGUCUCAUCAGCGGGCCCUCAGUCCGGCCUGUUGGGGAAAUGUCGGAGGCCUCGCACCGCCUUCACCAGUCAGCAGCUCCUGGAGCUGGAGAACCAGUUCAAGCUGAACAAGUACCUGUCCAGACCCAAACGCUUCGAGGUGGCCACGUCCCUGAUGCUGACCGAAACACAGGUCAAAAUCUGGUUCCAGAACCGGAGGAUGAAGUGGAAACGCAGCAGGAAAGCCAAGGAGCAGGCUUCGGCCUCCAGCCAGGCAGAGACUGAUCGACUGCGCGGCGGAGGAAAAACUGUCACCGACAAGUCCGACGAGAGCGGACGAGGUGUGAACCCAGACAGCCGGGGGAUGGAUUUUAGCUUAGAGGAGGAGGAGGAGGAAGAAGAGGAAGAGGAGGAGGAGGAAAGCAAACAUGGCUACCCCGUUGCUCUGAGUAACAGGAUGCCACGACCCACGGACUUCCUGCCACGUGGCAACAAGCUCGGCUACGACCCUCACAGCCCGUUCUCCGAUGAAGAGCUGGAGGGGGUCCAGGUGGGAGGGGGGGACAGGAAGAUCGGCGCCGGACUGUAA